AUGGAUGUUAUGACAACUUUUUUAAAUGGUGACUUGGAAGAAGAAAUUUAUAUGGACCAACCGGAAGGGUUUGUGAUUCAUGGGCAAGAAAAUAAGAUUUGUAAAUUAGAUAAGUCUAUAUAUGUUCUAAAACAAGCUCCAAAGAAAUGGCAUGAGAAGUUUGAUAACUUAAUGAUAUCGAAUGGGUACAAAGUGAAUGAGAGUGACAAAUGCAUUCAUUAUAAAUAUGAGAAUCGCAUAUGCACUAUCAUACGUCUCUAUGUAGACGAUCAACUCAUAUUUGGAUCAAAUAUUCAAACUAUUAAUGAUGUGAAAUCAUUGUUGAACAACAACUUUGAUAUGAAAUACCUCGAAGAAGCGAGUGUGAUUCUAGGAAUCAAUAUCACUAGAUCCAAAAAAGGAAUUUCUUUGGGUCAAUCUCAUUAUAUGGACAAGAUUUUCAAGAAGUAUAAUUACUUUGACUGUAAACCCACUUGCACAUCACACGAUCCAAGUGUAAAACUGUUUAAGAACAUUGAUGCUAGUGUUAGACAAAGGGAAUAUGUGUGCAUUAUUAGUAGUCUUAGGUAUGCCACUGGUUGUAGUAGACCUCGACAUUCUAUAUGUCAUAGGAUUGUUAAUACCUUAUCAGAUGAUUCUAAAGCAACUAGUGGCUAUACAUUUAGUAUAGCUGGAGGGGCUAUAUCUUGGAAAUCAAAGAAACAGACUAUCUUGGCUCAAUCCACGAUGGAGCCUAAGAUGAUAGCAUUAGUGAAUGCUAGUGAAGAAAAAAAUAACAAAAUGUUAAGAAGCUUGUUUCUUGUUUUGAUGUUGGUCCGUGCAACAUUACCUAUUGCUCCUCAAAUUCCUGUCCCUGCCAAAAAAUGGUCAACAUUAAGUGGUAACGAGCCGCUUGUAAUAGCACGCGGAGGAUUCACGGGUCUAUUUCCAGAAGGAAGUUCAGAAGCAAUCGGCAUAUCGAAGGAGAUAAGCAUUUUUCUUUGUAAUGUUCAGUUUACAAAAGAUGCUGGUGCCUUUUGUGUCACAGGAGUUAAACUCGACAAUACAACGACUAUAGCAAUGUUUGAUGCAAAUGAGAAAACCUAUAACAUUAAUGGAAAUGAUGUGCGAGGACACUUCAUGGUGGAUUACACUGCUGCUCAGAUUAACCACAACGUGUCGAUGAAUCAGGCUAUUUUUUCUCGUCCGAGUUUCUACGAUGGUGUGUCUCCAGUACUCAAUGUUGAUGGUAUUCUAAGUAGCAAAACUCCACCAAGGCUCUGGUUGAACUUCCAGUACGAAGAGUUUUAUAACCAACACGGCGUAAAACUAGUUGAUGAAGUACUAGAAAUGUUGAGACUUUAUACUAUAGACUUUGUUUCAUCUCCUGAGAUAGGUUUCUUAAGAAGCAUCAACGGGAAAGUUAGGACGAAAACAAAGUUCGUUUUUCAAUUUCUUAACGCGAGUGAUGUCGAACCAACAACGAAUCAACCAUAUGACACCAUUGUGAAGGAUCUUGCAGCAAUCAAGUCAUAUGCAUCUGGUAUAAUGGUACCAAAAGAAUACAUAUGGCCAGUUAAACCAGACAAAUACUUGGGGCCUCUGACAACCCUAGUAUCUGAUGCACACAAACAAGGACUAGAAGUGUAUGCUUCUGGUUUUGCUAAUGAUUUCUUUUCAAGUUAUGAUUAUAACUAUGAUCCUACUGCCGAAUACCUACAAUUUAUAGCAAAAGACGAAUCUGUUGAUGGUCUUGUUACUGAUUUUCCUUCUACCGCAUCAAAUUCCAUAGCAUGCUUUGCACUCAACAAUACACUGCCGAAAAAAGGACAACCUUUGAUCAUAAGCAAUAACGGAGCAAGUGGCGUUUAUCCAGGUUCCACCGAUCUUGCUUAUCAACAAGCAAUAGACGAUGGAGCUGACAUUAUAGAUUGCUCAGUUCAAAUGACAAAAGACGGAAUUUCAUUCUGCUCAAAUACAGCAGACCUAAUGGCAGAUACAACUGCUAUGACUAAAUUCAUGUCGCGAAUUUCCAAUAUUCCAGAAAUUCAAACAAAUAGUGGAAUUUUCUCCUUCGAUCUCACGUGGAACGAGGUCCAAAGCUUGCAACCUCAAAUUUCUAGCCCUCUUGGCAGUGACUUCCAAAGAAAUCCAGCAAACAAGAACAGUGGUAAAUUUGUUAUGCUCUCGGAAUUUCUGGAGUUGGCUAAGGAUAAGGCAGUUACUGGAAUUUUAAUUAACAUAGAGAAUGCUGCUUACCUUGCAUCAAACAAAGGACUUGACAUUGUUGGUACCGUAAGCACUGCCUUAAGCAAUGCGACAUUUGACAAGCAAGCGACGCAGCAAGUUCUGAUUCAAUCGGAUGAUAGCUCGGUGUUAUCCAAGUAUAAAGACAUUCCAUCUUACAAAAGAGUGUUGUUAGUUGAAAACAUAAUAGGCAACGCGCCUAAGGAGAGUGUGGAUGAAAUAAAGAAGUAUGCAGAAGCGGUGAAUCUUCGAAAAACAUCUGUUUUUAAAGCAUCUGGUUCCCUUUUAACAGGAAUGACUAAUGUUGUUAAAGAGAUGAAAGAUGCAAACCUGACAGUGUUUGUUCGUACUCUAAGAAACGAGUUCAUAUCUUUGGCUUUUGAUUAUUGGUCAGACCCUAAUGUUGAGAUUGCUACUUACAUCCAUUCUGCUAAAGUUGAUGGAAUAGUCACCGAUUUUCCAGCCACUACGAGUCGAUACCUCAGAAGUCCAUGUAGUGAUCUCAACAAUGUAGCCACCAUCUUACCAGCUAAGGCAGGUGAACUAGAAAGUACUGUUUCACCAACAUUAAUGCCACCAGCAGAAGCACCACUUCCUCCUCUUGAGGUUGGUAACAUUGUUGAUCCACCUCUUCCUGCAGUGACUAAUGAUAAUCCUCCUGCUACACCUUCUUCACCACCUCCUUCACGUGCUUAUGCAAAUGCAGCUAAUCUUGGUCUCUCCCUAGUUGCAAUCAUAGUGCUUGUCAUCAAUCUUACUUUGUGA